UUCUCCUUCCCAGAAGAACUGUGCUGGCCCAGCCGGUGCAGGCAGUUUGCCCAGCAAGGCUGAGUCAUGAACCGGAUCUAUCUACACCUUCUGUAGGGAGGAGGAGAGCUGUUCUCCACUGCUCCUCUCACUGGAGCCUGGGAUACUAGUUACACACGAAAAAUAUAGGACAAACUGAGCUGGUGCGGAAUGAGGUCACUGAGGGAUCACACUGCUAGCGGGCUGGAGCACUAUCCAAGAAUCACAGGCUCCAUCUGAGAGUUUUGAAAUCCAGGUCUAGUCCGGUUGCUAAGGUAUGGCGCUUCACGGUUGCUAGGGAAAUGACGUCACCAUGGAGGCGGGACAAGGGACCUCUUCGUGCUCCUGAUUGGCCGUCGUGUUAGGGACUAGCUUCUCCGUCUCGAGGGCUCAAGGGCUGAUAGAGACUCUCAGCUGCUUCCAGGCUGCUCUUCCAGGCCUCAACAUCAUACUCAAUGCAACAACUGUGACUUAGGCCGACCUGCUAUGCUCCUUGGCCUCUCAGGUCUGAACUACACUUGACCCAUCACUUUCCAGACUAAACUGUCUUUCCUUUACCUUAUCUGCUGUGGAAGGGAUCAGGAGAUCCAAUGGAGACCUCACCUAUCAGCCCAAUGAAAGAGAAGAACACCGCUCAGCCGCAGCAGCGGGAAGAGAACGCCCAGCAAAACCUAAAUGCAGCCAUUCCGUUUAGGCAGCGAUCCCUAGGUCUUCUCCCUGAAGCCCCGAAGGUGGGAGUGAGACCGGAUCCAGCCAGUCAAAUUGUAGAGACUCAAGAGAUUGAACACCCCGUGGCUGGAUUUGAAGGUGACUCUGAUAAAUUUCAAGUCUCAAUCAAUGAGAUGGCAGAGCACCUCCAAGCUUCUGAUCUUUGGUACUGUCCUGAUGGGAGUUUUGUAAAGAAGAUCAUAGUCCCUGGCCAUGGCUUAGACAAACCCAAGCUAGGCUCCAAAUGCCAAGUGUUGGCUUUGGGAUUUCCUUUUGGAUCUGGGAUGCCCGAGGGCUGGACAGAACUAACCAUAGGCAUAGGGCAAUGGAGGGAAAAAAUGUGGGGGGAACUCAUGGAAAAAUGCCUGGAGUCUAUGCGUCAGGGCGAGGAAGCGAAGAUUCACCUUCCUGGAUCCUCUGCACCUCUUGCUAAACUCAGACUGGAUUCCUUCACCAAUGGCCGGGACUCCUGGGAGAUGGAGGCUAUGGAGAAGGAGGCUCUGGCCAAAGAAGAACACAGAAGGGGUACAGAACUGUUUCGAGCUGGGAACCCUCAAGGGGCUGCCCGAUGCUAUGGACGGGCUCUCCGACUGCUGCUGACGUUGCCCCCACCCGGCCCUCCCGAACGAACUAUCCUUUAUGCCAAUCUGGCUGCCUGCCAGUUGCUGCUAGGACACCCCCAGUUGGCAGCCCAGAGCUGUGACCGAGUGCUGGAGCGGGAGCCGGGCCAUUUAAAGGCCUUAUACCGAAGGGGGGUUGCUCAGGCUGCCCUCGGGGACUUGGAAAAAGCCACUGCUGAUCUCAAGAAAGUGCUAGCAGUAGAUCCCAAAAACCGUGCAGCGAAAGAGGAGCUGGGGAAGGUGGUCAUUCAGGGGAGGAAACAGGAUGCAGGGCUGGCUCGGGGACUGCGCAAGAUGUUUAGCUGAUUAAAGGAGACAGGAACCCGCGAA